AUGAGGACCCCAAAUUUCCGAAAGUAUGCCAAUGGAAAGCUGAAUUUAUCAGACACACCAGCUGCAGUCUCUAUUGCCAGAGAGAACAAGGCAAGGGGAUACUGGGGGAAACCAAAGACGGAUGAACAUGUCAGAGCCAUUGCCUUGAGACAUAUUCGCCAGCAGCAUGGAGUAACCAGCAAUGAAGUUGAUGUACUUGGGCCACAUGAACUUCAGUUUGGUACUUAUAGAGGCCAAACUUUUAGGUGGAUUCUGGAAAAUUGCCUUGGAUAUGCGGGAUGGUUGGUCAUGAAAAUGGAAAUGGAGGCAGAAUCCAACAAGGAGCAAUCAAAAGACAACAAAGAACAUACCAUCAACAAACAAAAAAUUCGGAAGUACAUGGUGCACUUUCCUGAGGGAAGAGAGGCAGUCAAGAUAAAAAGGGAAACUCAUUCGUCUUUGAAGCAGGCUCCUUCCCCUCAAUCGUCAUCUGUUGGGAAGUCUUCGGAACUGAAGUCCCUGGUGUUAAGCAGCCAUUUGACCCCUCACGCUCUACAGCAUAGGGCCAGGAGACUACUGUCACCGAAGAAAGUUCAGCCUACUAUACCAACAGGCAUGACUGAUAAUGCCCUCCUACAUGUACAUCAUGUGCUGGAGAUGGAGAAAUCACUUUACAGUAUGUAUCCAGUAUUUACAAGUGAUAUAAUUGUUUUGAUUGAAAUAUAA